AUGGUCUUCGAUAUUGUGCAAAAGAAGGCCACCAGCUCGAGGUCUGGCUAUGUUGAGUUCGAUCUCGGUGAUGAAGACUUUGGCCAGAAGGGAAAAGUCUCCCGGAAAGAGAAGCAAAUCAAAGAGCGCGUGCGACGUGUCCUCACCGGCCCGCCUGCACGAGAUCUGUAUCUCGAAUGCCUUCAACUCAUACUGAGGGAACAGGUGAUGUGGUUGGUCGACGUCAAAGGUCACAAGGGAGAGCUCGAGACUGUAGUUCGCGACCUUUGGGAUCUUCGCACACGAGGAGCCGCGAGUGCUGUCGAGAACGACUCUGCUUCAGAGGCCGAGCUCUCCCUCUUCAGCUCCCAAAUCGACCUCUCGCAGGACGAGCAACUUAGCAAUCGCACACAGGGAGCACAGAACUGGACCACCGAGAGUGGGAGCGAGUGGCCCGCUCCGCGACUGAUGGAUACUCUGGCGCUCUGCUUUCUUGGGUGCAUGCUUCUCAGAAUGCCGACACGGACAGGAGAUUUGGCUAGGUGGGCGAGGGCGGGAAACAUUCCCUACAAGCAUAGUUAUCGAAAACUGCCCCAAGAGAUGCGUGACCGGUUACCAGCAUACUAUUCAACUGUAUUGAAAUCAGCACACUUGGCCAAAUUUGAUCAUGGGGAGCUGCAUGCUGCCGUACUGAGUCUCGCUCUGUCGUUUAAUUCCAACUACGGCAUAGUUUUCCCUCCCCUAAAUGACGUCCUGAUGACAUUGCAGUACGUCCGAGAGCUUGGACUGCCCAUUGAGACGAUAUCGGUUGCUCGCAGGAUACCACUCAUCGUCAACCUGCCGUAUGAAUUUCCAUUAGGCAAGUCUCGACUGAGACUUAUACACCAGCCUGAAAUUCUGCUUGUUGCCGUCAUUGUUCUCACGACCAUCCACUGCUUCCCCCUCGAGGAAUCCAAGUCACCGGUGCAAGAAGGAAAGCUUUUCUUGAUACCAGACUUCAAGUGGGAUGAGUGGCGGGCGUCCAUGGCGCCAGCAUUGGCCCCAGAAACUGUUCCCACCGCUGAUUACCUUGGUGUAACGGCUUCACACAUUACGUCGAUGGGGCAAACAGAGCUGGAUGAGUAUUUUACUCAGCUGUCAAUGCUCACAGACGCACAGUCGGAGGAUUCAGUGCUCGCCAGAUACUUUCCAGUUGAUGAACUGCCGCCCAAGCAGCCGCCAUCUGAGGCCCCUCAAGAUGAGAUAGAGGAAAGGCUACGCACAGUUCAAGGACGGGCUGCGUCGUUCGCCGUCCAUGAAACAAUGGAAGAGGAGGGUCUGAAGAAGAAUAGACAAUACUCCUACAGGUCCGAGGAUGAUCUGCCCCCUGCGGGUAGGGAUUUCUUCCGGCUUGCUGGUCGUCUCUCUGGUCUGUCAGUCGUUUGCCGCGAUCACCAGAACUUCUUCGGUAACAACAGCCAGUUCGCGAGAGGUCGGCAAGAUGCAGAUGUGAGCACCCCCGAAAACAAGAUUUACCCGCCGCGAUUCCCUCCUUCCGUGCGACGACCGCUAUCUCGAAAACGCCGAUGGACUGACGAUGGUGGCUACAGUUUCGUGAAGACCCUGACGGGUAAGACCAUUACCCUUGAGGUCGAGUCCUCCGACACGAUCGACAAUGUCAAGUCCAAGAUCCAGGACAAGGAGGGCAUCCCCCCCGACCAGCAGCGCUUGAUCUUCGCCGGCAAGCAGCUUGAGGACGGCCGCACCCUCUCCGACUACAACAUCCAGAAGGAGUCCACCCUCCACCUGGUCCUCCGCCUCCGCGGUGGUAUCAUCGAGCCCUCGCUCAAGGCUCUGGCCUCCAAGUUCAACUGCGACAAGAUGAUCUGCCGCAAGUGCUACGCUCGUCUCCCUCCCCGUGCGACCAACUGCCGUAAGCGCAAGUGCGGUCACACCAACCAGCUCCGCCCCAAGAAGAAGCUCAAAUAG